AAAAGCCGCCGGGCGCGCUCGGUGUUGCCGGGCAUCGCUUGCUCUGCCCUCGCCGCGCCAAUGGAGGACGGAAGGGCGGCCUCCCAGCCGGGCUCGGGCUCCACGGAGCCUGGCGGCGGAGAGCAGAUCUCGCUGCACAAUUUCUGCGGGCGCCUCUCCGAGCAGCUGGUGCACUUCCACGCCAUGCGCCUGCGGGACUCGCUCUUCCUGUGGAUCGGGGAGGCCCCGCAGCUCAGCAGCUUGGCCGUGGCCAUGUGCACCCCCCGCGACUCCAUUCCAGCAUCUACGUCACUCCUUGGCGAUGCCUCUGACAGCACCUCAAACUGUUUAGCUCAAAGAUUAGCCAGCAAGACAAAAAAACAGAUUUUUGUCAGCUAUAAUAUUAAAAACACAGACAGCAGCUUCAUAUUGCUUGUAGAAAACCGAAUCAAGGAGGAAAUGACAGCUUUUCCAGAGAAGUUUUAGCUUGGAACCUCUGUAAGCAUGUCAGCAUUGUAUGUAUCUUUAAAAAUUAAAAAAUGGAUUUCCCCCA